CCCGUGCAGAGUAUGCUCACUGGGUUGAUGUAUCACAGGCCUGACGACCCUGUUGACUUCCUGCAAGGUUGCUUGAAGAAGGUGAAGGAACUCGGUGGACCAGACAAAGUACGAUGGGACUCCUUCGUUGCUCAGGAGAAGAGGGCCUUGCCCCCUCUCAAUGGCUGUCAGAACCGGAGAUCGCUCUUCAGGAAUGUUCUGCCUGAGAGUCCCAAUUUUGCGUAUCGGCGUUACGAUCGCUUGCCACCAAUUCACCAGUUGUCUAUCGAGAGCGACACAGAUCUGUCUGAAACUGCCGAACUUAUCGAGGAGUACAUAGUGUUCGACCCUACCAAAGCUCGCCCAUGGAUUAUCCUACUUAUAGGCGGCCCUGGCAGUGGCAAGGGCACCCAGAGCCUGAAAGUUGCCCAGCGGUACGGAUUUGAGUACAUUUCAGUGGGAAAGCUACUCAGAGAGAAAAUGAUCCACAAUGCGACCUGUAACAGGAAGUGGAGACUGAUAGCUAAAAUUAUCACCAACGGGGAACUAGCACCUCAGGAAACCACGAUCACUGAGAUAAAGCAGCGUUUGAUGCAGCUCACGGACACCCAAGGAAUUGUGAUUGAUGGAUUCCCAAGAGACGUGGCCCAGGCAUUAUCCUUUGAGGAUCAGAUAUGCACCCCGGAUUUGGUGGUAUUCCUCGCAUGCACCAAUCACCAAUUAAAGAAGAGGCUGGAAACAAGGGCAGCACAGCAAGGUCGUCCUGAUGACAAUCCAAAAGCCAUUCAGAGGCGAUUGACCACCUUCAAGCAAAACACCAUUCCAUUGGUCAAGUACUUUCAGGAAAGGGGUCUGAUUGUUACACUAGACGCAGGCAGAGAUGAAGAGGAGGUGUUUUAUGAUUUAUCAGUUGCAGUGGAUAAAAGGCUGUUCCCUACCAAGGACCCAGUGGCAGGGCCCAGUGAACUUGACCUCAGUUUAUUGGCAGACUCCACUGACUCUGUGGGUGAUGACUCAGAAUUUGAAGAUCAGGUGAAUGAAGUGCCUACAGCAGCAGAAGACAGUAAAACAGAAGAAGAUGUGAAGAACACAGUGACCAUCUUUGUUAUCGGUGGUCCUGUAUCUGGGAGACGAGCACAGUGCAAGAGAGUAGCAGCAGAGUAUGGCUUCACCUACCUGUCCAUGGAGGACCUCACCCAGGAUGUGAUGGGUUUCGGGCCAGAGAGGAGAGGGGAGACUAAGGAAACUGAAACGUGUGAGAAGCUGGUGCCUCAGGUUGCCGAUUGGUGGGCUGGGGGUUUGGGUGAUCUGUUGGUUUUUAUGCAAGGGAUGGGUUAG